CUUAGUAUCUUCGUUUCUAAUGAUUUUUCAGCAUCACUACGCACGUUAUGAACCAUACAGGCGGUAAAGUACGAGGAUCGUAACGUUGGAGUGACUGGAACAUGUGAUGCACCAUAUCUCUCGACGAACGUGGAAAAUUACUAAAGUCAGUGGAGUCUGGAUGACACUUCUUUGAUAGUGCUGUACUACAGCAUAGAAGGUUGAUAUGGAUUUAGGAGGUAGUAUUGGUUUUGGAUAACAAACGACCAAGGAUUGCURCAACGAUACUUUCUUCGAAAUCGUUCACACUCAUUGCCGCUGUUUGAAAUUCAUCACAAAAUACUUGCGAGCUAGCAAAGAGACGGAYCAUGCCGUCUGUGAAAGAGAUCGACCACAUCAAGUUCAUGGUGACUGCUCUUGCCUCUGACACAAAUGAUUCGAGCAAGGCGGAGCAAGAACAGCAGAGUGGGGAAGCAGCCAGUGCAAGCACUGGAGCCGACAUCGAAGCGAAAUGUGUCAGCACCAAUCACACCGGCGAAGCCAGCGGCAUGCAGCUGGGACAUACCAUUGAUGUUGGCCGGAGACGAGAAAUUCUCCAUAAGAUCAUGCCAUUUUUCCCAGCCAUCGAGAAAGAAGACUUAAAAAAGAUCAUCGACUUUCAUUUCAGCUCCGCACCUGAGGGCCAAUCCAAUGGCUGCGACGGCGACGGCAAUAAAAGCAAAAAUAUCGAUGGUGAUGGUGCCAACAAUAAAACCGAAAACAUCGAAUGUAAUAGCAAUGUCGAUGUCGAUGUCGAUGUUGAUGUCGAUGUCGAUGUCGAUGUUGAUGUCGAUAGAGAACGCAACACGUUUGUUUCACCAAAAGGCGAAAUGAUUGGUAGCAACCUGGCCCACCACAGCUCCAGCAAUUCCACCUCCAAUGCUGCCAUUUCACAUCCUUGCGAUGCCGACGUCUUACUAGGUUCCAAGGGAACCAAAACGAAAAAGAGGAAUAGACACCACCSAGGAAACAAGUAUUACGAAGACCUAGUUUCUCGGGCCCAAACAUUAUCGGCCGACCACAACGAUCAGACAGACCCGUCCAACUUUAGGCUCACAUGCAAUCACGUCGUAGCAAACAUUCGCAAGGUCGGUGGUAGAUUCCUGAAACCCUACCACAAACACAACGGCGACGACGGGAACUUCCUUUGGAUAGAAAUCGGGGACGAGCAAGCGGUCGAAACCACUGCCCGUGCUAUCCAUCGCGACAAACACCGCUGCCUUCGUAGGGAAGAAAAGAAGAGGAAAAAGAAAAGACACAACAAGAAACCGUCACCAUCACCACCGCCGCCGCCAUCAUCAUCACCACUACCACCACCACCACMGUCGCGGGCCUGCCUUUUCCCGGAAUUCGAACACCAAGGUCGAGCAACAGAGGCGGCAAAAUCGGUCCCAAAAGAGCACCACGCAAGGGAGCAGCAGCGACAUAUAGAACAAGAGCAGCAGUCUAAACCAGCAACCGUAGCACCGCCACCAGGCACCUCGAUCGYAGUCGUUUCGCCCAAAACAACCAAAACAGAGACUCAACAAAAACACCAUGCAGGUGGUCAAGAAAACGAGCAAAUGCUGCAGUCAAAACCAGGAAAGGUACCGCCAAAAUCGGUCGCCACUAUGUUAUCGGAGGCAGUGGGCGGUUUAAAAAACCCCGUCCAUGUUUCUACUACCAUUUCCACCGAUAAACCUGCAGAUCGAAUUGCAAGUAUGAAUGACCAGGCGAAUUCAAAGACGGCAUCAACUGUGCGAUUAAAAAUCGUGGCGAAAGAUCCAACGUUGAACGGCUUUGACCCUGUUGUUUUGGCGGAUGACAUGAAAUUUUUUGGCACGAGCAUGCUUUCACUCAACAAGGACAAAGUCGGCAAUGAGGAUGAUAACAUACCCAACCUCCAAAGCUAUGGUGGGCAUGACUCUGAACCACGUUUGACACAAAAGCAAUUGCUAUGCGACAAACAGAAAUUUGUUGACUCCAACAAGGGCUGCAGCCCUCCUCCUSCUGCCAAAAUUCUAAAAUCUAGAAAUUCUAAACUUGCCACCGCUAUAAAUACUGAUGGCGAUGACAGCCAGGGAUCACAAUCGCCAUCAUCACCAUCGUCUACUGUGCGAUUAAAAAUCGUGGCGAGAGAUCCGACGUCCAACCACUUCGAUCCCAUUGUUUUGGCAGACGACCUGCAAUUUUUUAGCGCGAACAACCUUUCACUCAACAAAGACAACGUCAGCAAYGARGGUGAAAAMACCUCCAAGCCUCAAAGCUGCGGUGGGCAUCACUCYGAAUCACUUCUGACACAAGAACAAUUGACCUGCGGCAAACGGGAAUAUGUUGACUCCAACGAGGGCUGCMRCCCUCCCCCAGCAAAAAUUCUUAAAUCUAGAAAUUCUACACUUGCAACGGUUAUAAAUACCAAUGGCGAUGACAGGCAGGAAUCGCCAUCGUCACCAUCCCCAUCCCCAUCGCAACCAACUGUAUCUACGGAAGACUCCAACCCGCUUUUCCAAAAACUCCCCGCGGAAUUGAAGGCUCUUCGUCCGUACAACAACUUGGGCGCGACCGAGGUCUGCAACUACGGAAGUGGCAGGUCGGAGGUUCGACAGAAACGCCCCCCGUUGAGGUACGGCAAAGAGUACCUGUGGUUAAAUGUCUCAACAGGUUGGAACGAAGCGAAAAAGCCUCUGACCCAGAGCAAUACAAGAAAGGAAACGAGGGGAAAAGACAAGGAUCCGAGCAGUUUGGAAAUGAAGAAAGACACUACUCGCGUUUCCACCAUACCAAAGAACACGCCAAAGACAGCAUUUACUAUAGGUAGUGCCAAGAAAGGGAAAAAAUCCUCGUCAUCGGCGUCGAGGGAAUGCGUUCUCUUCGUUCUUAAUGGAAUGAAAUCACCAAUGAAACAAACCCGCCAGGACAAUUUGAAAGAAUURUGUUGGUGGUGUAAUGUUUACAUUGAUAACAUCGAGAGAGCCGAUGGUGACAACGCUGACAGUGCUCCUGCUGCGAUGAACGCUCAUGCCGUUGYGAAUCGUGCCUUGGAGCUCUUGCGGGAGUUUGUGAAGCUCUCGGGACUCCAAUUGGUGCUGGCUCAGUUGAAGGACUCCAGGAGUGAUUGGCACUCGGUGGUGUGUUGGUGCUCGGUGCUCAGCUGUUGUUGCACCACAUUCUCGAAGGCGGCCUCUCGCGAAAUCCUAGAGCACGACGGCGUUGAUGUCUUGUUGAAUGCAAACAAAAGCUACCAAACGCAGAUUGAUCUAUCUAUGAGCAUCGACAAUGACGAAUGGAAUACCCUCCACGGGGGCACGAGUAAGAAUCAAUUUAAAAGAAUCAUCGCAGUAUGGGCAGCUUUGAGAGACGUUACGAAAGAGCAGUCUUUGCUUCUGAUCCAAUCGCACAAACACGGAUCGAAGACGAAGGACCUAACCAAAAAACUCAUCGUUGGUUGCUUCGAGACGCUUGUGUUUUUGAAGAAGGUUGGAGAUCGAAUCAGCACUCAUUGUGGUUCCUUCAUCCUCCGCCACGUGCUUGAGACGCUCGAAAAUGUACAAUUGUUGCUUCUGCAACAAAGGCAAUUGCCGGUACUAGAGUUGAGGAAAUGGUUUGAGAGGGCCGCUAUUUGGCAUUGCCUGGUCGCUCUGAAGAAUCCCGAAUCGGAAUGGAAGACAGAGUGUAUGGGGGAAGGUUCCUUCUGCAAAGCCGCACUCGCCUUUUUUCUGAAGGUGUACCGAACUGAUUUGGGUGCAGUCGACCGAAAAGACAACGAGCAGGUGGUCUCGUUCUGCGUCGAUCGUCUCUCAAGAUAUCCGCGACAGAUUCCCAUGAUCGAUCUUUACAACUUGCUACUCUUGUGCCAACGUCGCGACAGGGAGUUCAUAAGGAAACAAUCGGGCCUUCGAAACGUCCUCACAAGCAUUGCUGGAUCCAUGGAUAAUGGUAUCGAGGAGGUAAAGGUGUUUGCGACUUCGUUUCUCCAGGAACUCACAAAUCAGGAAAGUUCAAUAGCGGUUGUGUAGCAUGUCUAUUGAGUACUUAAUUGACUCCAAUGCAAUGAAACUACAAGUGGUUG